AUGUUUACAAGAUUCAGUAGAAUAUUGGCGAACAGGCUGGUCACUGGUUUUGGCAGUUCCCCUUUAACUGCUGUCACCAGAUUUUCUGGUUAUCGUCAAUUCUCCACAACCCAGGCAGUUAAAGCAUUGGGAUCAAAUACAAAUGGUUCUAUACUAGAUACUCUUGCUGCUGCGUCAGCCCCAUCAACAGGAACUACCAUAGCCACAGAACCCACCUCAACAAAGGUAAAGACUUUUGCAAAGAAGAAUGAAAGAACUGUCAUGUGGAAAAUGUACUGUCAUUUCAACAAGCAUAAUACUCUUUUGACUUUGGUCAGAGUCUACGAAGACUUGGAUUUCAUGGAGAAGAAUGCUCAUUUAUCAUACAACGAAAAGGUUUUGUAUUAUUUGCAAUUACCUCAUCAAACUAAAUUACACGUUAGUGCAGGCCAAUUAGGAUUCCGUAAAGCUCAAAGAUCUGAAUAUGAAGCCGGAUACCAAGUCAGUUCUAAAAUAUUCAAAUUGAUAGAAGAUAGAGGUAUAAUUGCACCCAACGAGAAAUUGGAAUUGAUUUUUAAUAACUUUGGUAAGGGUAGAGAUGCAUUUAUUGAAGCAUUACAAGGUAAAGAAGGUCAAUAUGUCAGACCAUUAGUCACAAGGAUGCUCGAUAAUACUAAAUUGAGAUUCGGUGGUUUAUUAUCACAACAUGUUGAUCCCUUUGAUAUCAUAGAUUCUAUUGUAUGUUCUACAGUUACUAACAAAUUUACUUUAGCCAAAGCCGCUGCUGCUAAGAAGGCUGCCUUGAAAGGUACCAACUCCAAGAAGGCAUUAAAGGUUAGAACUUCUACCACCUUCAGAUUACCAAAGACUUUGCAAUUGGCUAGAUCUCCUAAAUAUGCCAGAAAGUCUGUUCCUCACUACAACAGAAUGGAUGCUCACAAGAUCAUUGUUGCUCCUAUUGCCAGUGAAACUGCCAUGAAGAAGGUUGAAGACGGUAACAUCUUGGUUUUCCAAGUUGACGUCAAGGCCAACAAGAACCAAAUCAAGCAAGCUGUCAAGGAAUUGUACGAAGUUGAUGCUUUGUACGUUAACACUUUGAUCAGACCUAACGGUACCAAGAAGGCUUACAUCAGAUUGACUGCCGAUCACGAUGCUUUGGAUGUUGCUAACAGAAUCGGUUACAUCUAA